CCGUAGGACUGCCACAUCAAUAUGGAGCUGGCCAAGGACAUUUGCGUUCAACAGCCGGACUCUGGUCCUUGCCGCGGCAGCUACCAUCGCUACGCCUUCAAUCCGCACACCCAUCGCUGCGAUGCGUUCAGCUACGGCGGUUGCCGUGGAAACCGGAACAACUUCCUUACGGAGAACGACUGUCUGCACACCUGCAGCAUGACAGGCUCCGCCUCGAGCACAGCUCACCAGGAUGGCAAUCUACCCAAAGGCUGCAUCAUGUCCGAGUGGGAAAAUUGGUCGGCCUGUAGCGUCAGCUGCGGCCUCGGCUUCUCCGAGGCCCAUCGCUUUGUCAUAAGCGAGCCGAAGCAUGGCGGCCAGUCCUGUCCCAAGCGUUUGGUCAAACAUCGUCGCCAAUUACUCAAUAUACGUCUCCACAGAGAUUCAAAUAAACACAAUUACAUAUUUUCACCUAUUUUCUAUUGAUCAUCUUAAAUACAUAUAUCACACCACACAGUAACGCAUGAGAUACUGACGGGCCUUCCAGGGGUUGCCAUUGGCGCGGUAGAUGAGAU